GGGAUGGGGGUCCUGGGGCUGGUGACCCUGCUGGCCUGUCUGAGCAUGGGGGGCCAGGGGAAGAUCUUCACCCGCUGUGAGCUGGCAGAGACGCUGCAGGACAGCGGGAUGGACGGAUACGAGGGAUACAGCCUGGCCAACUGGGUCUGCCUGGCGUUCUACACGAGCGGCUUCGACACGGCAGCCGUGGGGGCCAAUGCGGACGGCAGCUCCGACUACGGGAUCUUCCAGAUCAACAGCGGCUGGUGGUGCCAGGAUGCUCAGAUCCCGUCGGAGAACUUGUGCCAUGUGCGCUGCCAGGAUUUGCUGAAUCCCGACAUCAAGAAUGACAUCAACUGUGUGAAGAGAGUGGUGCAGGAUCCUCAGGGCAUGGAGGCUUGGGACGACUGGAAGGAACAUUGCGAGAAGCAGGACCUGACCGAGUGGGUUGAGAGUUGUAAUCUGUGA